AUGACAGUCCCUUCAGCGCCGGCGGCUGCGGCCGCCGCGCCUGCGCCGGUCUCUGCUCCCCCUGCGCCUCCGCCGUCUUCUGCGCCGGCGCCGCUGGUGCCUGCGGCUGCGGCGUCGCAUCUUCAGGCGGCAGUCCGCCUGAUUCAGGAGGCGCGGACGCUGCAUCAGUCUCCCGCCUCUCAGGAGGGCUGUGCCGGUCUGGCGAGCGAGAAUUCCAGUGCGCUCUUCGAAGACGCCCUGCCUCUGCGCAUCAGCUACCUCUGCAACUCGGCGCUGAAGCACUUGGAGGCUUGUGGCCUGCCGUUUCACGGCGUGGAGGCGCGGGGAGUCGAACCCGGGCGUGUUUCGGUCCAAGGCGAGUCGCCCGACAAAGAGCCAAAGAGAGAGGUGCUCUUGUCGCCCAGAGACGCGUCGCGCGGGUGUCUCCUCGGCUUCCAGUCGCUCGUUCUGCUUGCCGAGGCGAUGCGCAGUCUAGGCAAAGAUCGAGAGGCUGUGGGCUGCUACACAGAGUCGUUCAACUGGAUUUCAGAGGCCAUGCCGAUCCAGCAGCGGGCCCACGCGCUGUACCGCGCGGCGUCAGUCAUGAUGGAUGUGCGCGGCAAACUCGAGCGACAGCGGCGAAGGAGAGAAGAAGAGCAAGCGCAGCUCGCCAGCGACAGGUCGUCCUUCUCCCGUCCAAGCAGCGCAGCCCUCUCGCAGAGCGAGAAGGGGAAGACAGGACGGAAGAAAAGAUCUUUGGCUCCCAGUGCGGCUUCUUCGUUUCCCCCGCCUCAAGGGAGAGGAGCCCCGGCGUCGAGUGAAUCUGCGAGGCAGGACCCGGGGGACGAAGAGGGACGCGAAGGCGGCAGCUGCGAUCUGGAAGUCACGCAGCCUGUGAAAAAGAAGAACGAGAGACGAGAGCGCGCUGCAUGCAGCCGUUUGCGUCUGGCUAGCGUGCUCUCGCCGCCCCAGAGGCCCACGUUGUUGUCGCUCACGGACGGGGAGAGCUUGCGGUAUUGCCGCCGGGCUCUUGAGUAUGUGCUUCUGCUUCAGCCUGACCACGCAGGCGCGAGUGCAAGGCUGGUCAAGGUUCUUCUGCUCCUCGGAGAUUUCGGGGCUGCUGCGCAGGCCCUUAAGUACUCGCUCUCUCUCGGUUUAGGCUCGGAGACGGACCGGUGUGCCGCCAAAGUUCGGUGGCUGCUCAGAGCCCUCCAAGGCGCCGCCGCGCCAAACGGGGAGAAGGACGACGAGAGAGACGCGAAAGAGAACGCGAGCCGAGGCAACGCCGGUGAGCAGGAAAAGAGAGAGGGCGCAGUCGGCCCCAUGCCUGGCGCAGUGGCAGGCGGCAGGGCGCUGGAAGCUGCCGGAGAGCUGGCGGGGCGAGAGAAGAGCGGCGAGGAAGAGGCGGAGAACUGCUUCCAUACGCAGUUCCUCGAGCAGGAAAAAAUGAGAAUCCGUCGGCAACUCGAAGAACUACAGAAAGAAGACGCGACCUUGCUGGCUGGCAUCCGCGGCUCUCCCCCCUCCGCCGCCAUCGCUUUAUCUCUUCCUCCCCUCCCUUCGCUGUCGUCUUCUGGCAAGGCGGACGCCGACGGGGCGCUCUCGCUGCUUGCCUUCCUCCAUAGUCUCAUUCUUGUCGUCGAUGGCGCGAUGAAACUCGACCAAGAGAAUGAAGCUCCUGCUCCAUCGCCUUCCGCAUCUGUCGCAGUCUGCCGCAUGGUUUCCAUCUCGCGGUCGUCUUCAGCGCUUCCUGUGUCGAAGCACUUGGAGCGGAGUCUGCGCGAAGCGACGCGGCAGCUGGGGGAUAUUUUCUCGCCUUUUUUUGCGCGCGCUCGCAGCUCGUCGUGCUCCUCUCCGCCGUCUCGCGGCGGCUCGUCUUCGCCGAGCCCGUCGCCCUCGUGUCCGGGGCUGGGCCUCUCGGACUCGGCGUCUGCGAAGGAGCAACAAGGCCUUUCGGUGGAGGGCGCUUCAGCUGCGUCGCACGCGCGGCGGAAGAGGGAUGCGCACGCCGUGAGUCGGGCGCAGCAACAGCAGAGACAGCUGCUUCUGUUGCAACAGCAGCAGCAGCGAAGUCGAAACCGUCUGCGCCAGGAAAAGCCGCGGCGUUUGAAGUUCCUCCACGAGUGCGACACGCCAGUCAGCCAGCUGCCCUUCGCCUUCUGGAAGGCCUUCGGCCGCCUCAUGCGCGUGCCCCAUACCCACGUGCCCUCGUGCACACCGUUCGCCUCGUACGAACACAUGGACACCCUGGAGCAGGUUUGGGGCGACGCCUGGGCCCUGUCGCAGCUCAAGAGCUCCGGCCUCAGCUACAAGAUUCUCCACGCGAACGCCACGGCUGCUGCCUUCGCCCUCGCGGGCAAGUCCUCUGAGAAGGGCGGCGACGGCAGAUCUAAGUCGGGCGCGAAGCGAGACGGCCGGGGGUCUGGUGCCGCCGGCGGCAAGGCCAAGAAAGCCGACCAGAAGGCGCCGGAGGGCAGCGAGCGCGACGACGAGGAGAAGAAAGGCACUGACGACGAGCGGGCGCCGCAAACCGCGGCAGACCGGGAGGCCGCGGGCAGCGGAAACGGGACGAACGAGAAGGCCAGCGAGGCGGCAGCGGCUAGCCAGGAGGUCGAAAAGAGUGCACAGAGACCGCCCAACGCGUCACAGCAGGGCAGUGGAGGCAGGAGCGGAGGGAGCAGCGUGAAAACGAGCUCCGCGACUGCGGCUGCGCGAGGCGCGCUCCAGGGCGUUAUUGCGGCGGCUACAGGCGUCGCCGGCGUAGCGGCCGGAGCCCCGUCGCUUCAGUGGGUGCUGUGGCAGCUGCAGAGUGCGAUGGAAGGCGGAACGAAUAACUACGCAUGCGAGAACGGAGGUGACGCCACGCCGAUUACGCGAGAGGACACCGACGUUUCGUCGCUGUGUGCGGAGGAGAUGAGAGAGGAGAAGGCUGCGGGAGAGAGGAAGGAGCAAGAAGGCGACAAUGAGCGACACGAGGCCGACGGAUUGCUGCUCCUCUCCAGGCGCGUACAGAGGCGUGUGCUGGAAGCUGUCGAGGGCGCCCUCGGCGGCAUGGACCAGGACGGAAAAACCAAGAUGUUGCCGUUGCUGGUUGUGCUGGUUCGGGUGAUUGAGGCUCUCGUCUCCACUCGGUCUCUGUGGCAGCUGGCUCCCUACGGCCUCGGCCCUGCAGCCUUGACCGCGUCGCCCUGCCGUCUGUCGGUCUCUGCUUCUUCUUCCCUUACCCCAGUCGCUAUGAGCUGCUUCUUGUCGGCCUUCGUCAGCGAGGGGACCCGUCGAGUCGCCGCGGCGUCGUCGUUCCUCUGCUCCCACUUUUCGGCGUGUCUUUCCGGCGUGGAAGACGCAGGCCCGGGCGGUCAAGAGGGGGAAAAGGACGGGCAAGCGCAGAGCGUCCUCGUUAAGGCGGAGGAACCCAGCAGCAAGGUCUUAGGAGCUGGCUCAGCUACGCUGCAAAGCGCGCGCGAGAAAUCCUUUUGGUGGCGGCGGGAGCGCGCGACCCUCCAGCGCCUGCAAGUCGCCGGCGCGGAGCCUGCGGGCGCCGCCUGCACGGGACAGGCGGAGACAGUCUCCGCGGCGGUCGGAGAGACGGCGCGCGUGCUGCUGAUCGAGUGGUAUGGCGAGCGGAGACUUCCCAGGGCGGAGGGGGAGCUUGCGCCCUCCGUGUCUUCUCAGUUCCUUCAGAUCGCGUCUUGCCUCCUUUCGGCAGCGGCAAGCGCUGCGCCUUACGCGUGCGACGGCGACGAGGGCCGAGAAGACGAGGGCCGAGAAGACGAGGGCAGCGCGCAGAAGAAAGAUGCGGGCGCAGAAUCUCCCGCGACGUCGCCGGUCUCGCCCCGGUCUGGCUCCGCUGUUGCCCGGCCGUUCAGCGCAAGCAUUUUCCAUCUCUCUCAGCUGAAAGACUUCUUGGAAGUCGCUGGCGAGUGUCUCUACACGGCAGCCGCCUGCCGCGAGAUGCAAGACCGGGAGAACGGUUCGGCGCAAGAAAGCAGGGUGGGCGAAGAGGAAAACAAGGCCGCGGAGCGAGGGGCGGCUAAACAGGGGGUGGCUGCUGAGGAGCGCGUCCGCUUCUACCAUCCCUUGAAGAAGCUGCUGGCCUGGCUCGCCCUCCUCCAGCGCCACCUCGCUGCUGCUGUUGCAGCAAGCUCGCAAACGAAGCCGGCGGAGGGAUUUCUGUAUUCUCUUCCGGGAGACUCCGGCGAGGGGGCGACAGGGGCCUUGGCAGCUGUCAUGCUCCUUGCGGAUCUCCGCGAUGAAGACGAAGCGCCAGAGGAGGGCGAAGGCACUCAGCGCAGUGUAGACGGAGGAGAGGAGACAGCAGCCACAGGGGAGACGACCGCGGUCGAAGGCGUCAAAGAAAAGGCUCCGAAAGAAGAGAACGGAGGACGGGACACGCUGGCGGGGCCCCUUCCGCCUCUCCACGUACUCAGGAGGAAGGCUGUCGCGGCUGCUGUCGCCGAAGGGAUGGAUCUCGAGCUCCUAGAGUCGCUGUUGGGUGCAGUCGCAUCCCCUUCGUUCGCUCGCCUUGUCUCCUCUCGUGCGAAGGACAGCGACAAGAAGAACGGCGAAGACAAAGACCAAGAGGCGACCGGUGAGGACGGAAACGCGGGGAAGCAGACGGCCGCUCUGUCUUCUUCCUCCUCGACUUCUGCCUCGCCCCCCGGGGCCGAGGGAGAGGCAGGAGACCGCAGUGGAGAUCGGGAGGAGACAGACGGCGACGCUGAGGCGAAGAGGGCCUGUUUGUCGGUUCCGUCUUGCCAUUCCUCUCUUCAGCGCUCGCGGGCCUGCAUUCUGGAGGCACUCAUGGACACGCUGAGGGAAGAAGAGAGUCAGCUCGUCGCACUCUCUCUGCGGCUUCAUGAACAGGCCCGCGUGCACGCGGCAGAGGAGACAACCGCGGCGAUCGGUGCAGCUGCGACUCCUGCGCAAGGAGGAGUGGUCGGGGGCGAGAGAGAGGAAGACGGAUCUCCAGUGGCUGACAGUGGGAGGGAGAUUCUUUCUUCCGAUCUCCAGGCGGAUAUCCUCUUCUUUCUCCACUCGACUGUUCCGUUCCUUUCUCACAUCACUCGCCAGCUGGCUGCGCUCAGCGCUUCGUCUCUGUCUCUGUCUCCAUCUCGCUCGGUGUUUGCGGCUGCAGACCCCAAGAAGGGCAGCCGAGACGAGGGACAGGGAGGGAGUGCGGCGGUGGUGCCGCUUCUCGUUUGUGUUAGUCCGGUUCUGGAAAGCUUUUUCCUUCGGCUCACGUCCCUGUUUGGCGACCUAUUUUCACUCUUGGCUCUGACUGCGAGCCGCAGCCUUGACGCACCCCUCGUCUCCUCGCUGGGCGCCGCGCUUGACCCAGGAUUUUCGAUGGAGGGGAUUCGACGCGAGCGCUACGGCGUCCACGACAAGUUCCUCGCGGCUCUCUGUUCGUCGCUGCCCGUCUUUCUCUCCUCCCUCGGCGCCUUCCGCCGCCACUCGCUCGGCGCCGCCCAACGCGAAGCCUCUCCCCGCACCUGCUUCGACGGCAGUGCCUGGUGGAGCCCUCCCUUGGGCGGCGGGCGCGAGGCCGGAGACAGGGCCCCCGCGGAGACAGGCCAGGGGGCAGAGCUAGGCGCAGGCGCGGAAGCGAGCGCCGGAGACAUAGGACAAGAUGCGGCGAGUGGCGUGGCUCCGGACAAAUGUGAGGCCGCUUCGCGAGACGACCGACCGGGAGUCUCGUCUUCUGCAGACAACCGCCGCUUGCCUAAUCUCACUUCGCAGCAAGUUCUGCCGAGUUUCGACACUCCGUUCUGCCUGUGGGGUGUUGCGGUGCCCUCGAGCGUGUCAACCGCCGAAUGGCUGAUUCGGGGCCGUGAAAUCGCUCAGGCGGAAGAGGCGGAAGAUGACGACGGCGCGUUUUAUCGUCUGCUUCAUUCGCCUCCCCUUUCGCGUGCGCCGUCUACGUCUCCGCUGUCUGGCGACCUGCCGUCGCCUUCCAAGACGCCUUCCAAGGGGUCUGGCUCCUCGGCGAAGGCCUCUUCUUCAGCUUCUCCCCCCCAUGCGCUUUACGCUGCGUCCGGCGCCUCCUCUCCGACGGGGGGGACUCCGCCGAUGACGCCUGACGGCUGCUACCUGCACACCUCGGCGGCGCGGCUCUGCGUCGCGCUGGCGGCCUUCACGCUCGUUGAGAUGGUAGCCGUGGCAACUUUCUGUGCGGCGUGCUCCUCGUUCCUUGAGAAGAAGAAGCUGCCGUCGCUCCCGGUGGUCGCUGGCCCUGUGGCGGUCACGGCCGGCGGCGGCGCAGGAGGCGCGGGCGCAGUUUUCGCGGCCGGGGCUGCGCUGGUGAACAUCGCCCGCAAACGCGGACAGGCGUGGCGGGACUUCUGCUUCAGCGGUCAACUCGUCCGCUGGACGCUGCAUGCGCUGCUCUACUUGGCGUCUGCGCCGCUGGAGGCCUCUGCGGCGGCGAGCCACCAUAGGGGAUCGGCGAAGUGCUCCGCUUCCGGCGUGGGAGACACGCGAGAGCGGAAGCGAAAGCGAGACAGCGCCGGAGUCGAGGGGACGGGCGACCGCCCCAGCGGCGAACGCGGCGGUGCAGUGGAACCCCAGUGGAGCGCGGUGCAAGCUGCGGAGGACGCGGCCGCAGACGAGGAAGCUCUGUUGUGGCAACUCCAUCCCUUGACCUCGGUCUUGUCUGUGAGGGAGGAGGAGGACGGCUGUGUGUCUUUCUUCCUUGAUGGUGAGGCCUCUGGAGAUUCGCAGCAGGGGACCGAGCCCACGCUGGCGGUCGACGGCGCGUCCCUUGGCGGGAGCUCGCGGGUCGAGGCCUCCGCAGAGGCGGCGCUCACGUCGUCUUCGGCGAGCGCUCUGGGCUCGCCUUCAGCGGCUUCGCCUCCGCCGCAGUCGCCAUCCGCGUCGGCCUCUUCCUCGUCCGCAAUCUCGCUCCUGGGCGCGCUUGGCGAAGUGCUUGGUCGCAACGAGGAACGCGGCGCGCUGGACGGAGGUGAGUACGCGUCGCGUCUGGCUGAAGUCAUUCGCCUCUCUCUGGAGGCGGAAAUGGUGGUGAGGGAGCUCGCCGGCGGCGCCGGCAGUUCGCAGCUCGACGGCCUGCCGGGCUUCGCAGGGUCGCCCUUCGCGGGGGCUGCGGCCUCGUCUGCUGGAGGAGGCGCGGGUGCCGCGGCGGCGAACAAGCUCAACGCUGGUGCGCUCCUCUUGAUGGGGGAAGGCAAAGUGAAAAAGGGAGAACGAGGCGAAAGGGCUGCGCGCGCGGCCUCCGCCGCCCCUGCGGCCAUCGUCAUGCUGCCGGAGUGGCUCACCUCCGCCUACCGACAGGAAGAAGAACUCCCUUGGGAGAGGAAAAUCGAAGAAAUCUGGAUCAAGGGCAACCCGCAACUCAACGCUUACCCGAGGCCGCCCUUCGCGGGACGAUCGUCUACGACCAUCUUUGGAGGCGUGGAGACCGGCCUCGGCGGCACGAAGAGACAGCUGCCUGGCCUCGAGCUGUAUCUGCCGCCCGGGAUGUGUACGUCGUCUCUGCCGCUGGCAGCUUUGCAGGUGGCGCUGCGCGCGGUUCGCCCGUCUCCUGUCCGCGGUUUUGAACGCGAAAUUCUGGUUCUUGCGGCCUCCUCGUCGUCUCCCUCCGCUUUGUCUUCUGCUCGCGCGUCGUCCUCCCUCUCGACGCGCCCUGACGCAGAGGCUGCGCGCGCGGCGGUGCGCGCCGCGCUGAGUACUGCGGAGGCGUGCGAGGGCGGGGAGGAAGACGAGAGCGACAUGGCUGAGGAAGAAGUCGCCGAGCGCCGGCAGGCCAGGGAGAAGCGGAGAGAGUCGAUUGAGCGAGCCGGUGCACGUCUCGCCCCGUUCGCGACCAUGUCUGGGAGCAACGCCUUCCUCGUGGUGCCCCUUACCGCGCGACUCCUUCAGCUGCACAUGUGCGCGACGUCGCAGCGUCAGAUCGAGUUGUCGCUCGUGUCUGCCAGCAGUGCUCCCCGUCGCGAGGAGGAGCACGUGGGACCGAGCGACGCGGAGCAGGCAGUGGAUGCCCGUCUGGAGGGCGACAGUGAGAAGCCGUCCGAGCCGGCAGACAACGUGGAGAUCCUGUACGGCUCCAGAGACGCGCCUGCCUCCUUCUGCUGGUGCGCCAGCGAAGUCCCCGAUAGGCUGGGAGACCUGGCGCACUCCAUCGCUUGCUGCUACUUCCUCGUCUAUGGUCAGCCUGUGCUCCCUCGCCCCACGCCGCCUCUUGACAAGCUCGUGCUGAAGACAACCAAAGAACAAACCAGAAGCAACUUCUUAGAGAUCUCGCUGCCUGCCGCCAUCCUCGGCGUGUACGUACAUCGCGCGGUGCAAAAGUGCGGGCCUUGGGCCACUGAACUCCUGUCGAAGGAAAAGGACUUGUCUAUUUCCACGUGCUUGUUUCCUUCGCGCGAGACGCGCGAGUUCGGCCGCAGCGUGGUAGCUUUCUCCGACGCACUCGUUUUCAACUCCGCGACGCCGCCGGAUAUCUCGAUGCCCCCCUGCGUGCCGGCGUUCCUCCGGCCGCGCCCGCCCACGGCGCAGCCUCCGCCGGGGCCGUAUCCGCCGGGGCUCUCGUUUUCUCUCUUCUGGGCCUACGCGCUGGACUCCCUGGUGCUCCCCGACUUCUUGCGUCUCUUUUUGCUGCUCGUCGUCCAGCAGCACCAGCUGCAGCAGAGUCUCCAGGUGCCGAUUCCGAUGCAGCAGCUCCUCCAGCAGCAGACCGACCUCCUCGCCUCCUCGUCGCCAUUCGGGGCCCCUAUCUCGUCCUCGGUCGCGCGCCUCUUCCCCCUCCCAUCGCUGCGCUCGGUGUGCAACCUCGAGCGGCUGGACGAGGCCCCUCUCACCGCAUCCCAGCGCGGCGCAGAGGACCUGGACGAAGCCGCAGACGGCGGACAAGGCGAGAGGGCGGCGCAAGAAAACUGGCAGAGAGUGGCAAUGAUUCGAAAGAAAAUCCAGAAAAAUAAACGCACACUCGGAGCCGCGUCGGCCGCCGUCGCUGCGGCGGAAAGCCUGUUCUUCGAUCGCGUGCAAGGAGGAGGCGCCGCGGCGCUCCGCGGCAGCGACGCGUGCGAGGGCGGCGGAGAAGGGAGUCGCGCAGAGACCGAGCGCGAAGACGAAGAGCUCCAGGUGCUGCAGAAGGCGAGCGCGGAAGGCUCGCAGAUAUUUAUUUCCCUCGAAAACGAAGAGAAGUUCCUCUCCGUUGCGCCUCUGACUGCGCUCUCGCCGUACGAACAAAACAUUUCUCGCCUUCAGCUGUACCAGCUUCUCCUUCUCCUGCACUUGCUUCCGCCCAGCAAACAGCAACGCCUCCUCCGCACGCACAUGACCGACGAAAGCCAGCGCGAGGCUGUUCUCGCCUCCGUCUCUCACGCCGGCCUCGCGGGUUCGGACUCUGCUUUGUCUGUCGCGGCGGCGCGUCUCUUUUGCAGUACCUCCUCUGUGGCGGCUGGGAGCGGCGACGCCCGCACGGCAGCCAGCCGUCUGUCGCUCCCCGCACUGCUGUCUUUGUCGCGGCACUUGGCGCGCGCGGCAUUGGAGGCGGUGGAGGCGAAGCCGCUCCACGGCAUCGCUCCCAGUCUCCGCGGCUUCUCUCUCCACCUUCUGCAGCUGCUGCAGCAGGCCCAGCGGGCGGCGGUGAGCGAGCCAGAGGCCCUAGAGCGCGCGGGUUUCGCUGUGCGAGCGGCGGCCUGCGCGCCGCACAACCCCACGCUGUGGAUGGCUGUAGCGUCGCUCCUCGUCGAGCUGCUGCUGCUCCUGCUCGACCGGUUCUGCGCCGCAGGACGCGGAGGAGGAGACAGCGGCGUCCUGGGGCAAUGUGGGAGCGAGGCGGAGGAGACUGCGCGCUGGAUUCGGCAGAUCUUCUCGCCUCGAGCCCCCGGGCAGGCGUCCGCAGCAGGCGCCGGCGGCCUCGGCGCUUGUCUCGCUCUCGCAUCCCGAGGCCCUAGUGGCAGUCCGGCGUACGCCCUGGCGCGAGGCGUCAGCGGCGGAGCAACGGGGUCUCCAGGGCCCCAGGCGCCGCGCGGGGGGGGCUGGAAGAAAGCAGACAAGAGUGGACGAGGCGCGCUCGCUGCGGGCGAGGGCGAGCGCAUGCUGUCGUCGUCGCUUGCGACGUCGGUCUCGAUUGCGUCUCUGUGGAAUCGCAUGGGAUGCGUGGGCGACCGAGCCGCGCCAAACGAAGAGACAUUGCUUCAGCUGUUUGCGCACACUGCGCUCGUCGUAAACUUGUGCGGAGAGAUUUGGCUAGCGGCCUUGCGGUGCUUUUACCCCCGCCUGUGCGCGAGCUCGUUGGCCGCCAGACCCUCCGCGGAAGUCCGCGGGAGAGCGGAUGGCAGCGAGAGAGAGGCGAAACGCGUCAGGAAGAGCGAAGGAGACGCUGCGAGCGGCGAGGCGGAGGCGGUCUGGGAGCGCCUCAAGGCGAAGAAGCUUCCGGACGCGUGGUGGAUACAGACGUGCUGCAGCGGCAAGAAGAUCGAAGACCCGUGCGACUUGCAGUGGCGGUUCCUUGCCGCCCGUCUGGACUCCCUGCUUCUUUUGUUUCUUCUGUGGAAACAGUUCCGGCGUACUUCCUCUUCGUCAGAGAAAACCUUCUACCCCAGCGUCGCGGCGGAGAUGCACCGGCGGCGGUGGAUGUCCGUCGGCGCAGAGAGCGAAGUGCUGUUUGCGAAAGCUGUGUUGGGAGGCAGAGGCGAGGGUCUGAGUGCGCGUCAAAAAGAGAUUCUGGCGGCGCUCGGCGGUUCGUGCUCCGCGGAGGGAGACGAAGCGAAAGUGUCCUUUCUCGCUUUUCCAGAUUCAUGUUUCGAGAGUGGUCGGCCAGACGAGCGCAAGAACGAAGAGAAGGUGCUGCAGGACAGCCUUCUCGUCUUCGCGGCGCGGCAUCCAGCGACCUUAUCGGCUGGGUCAGACGGCAACGAGGAAGUCAUGGAGGCGACGGGCGUGAGCGAGGCGACCGUCGACGACGUGCAGAGACUGAAGAGCUUCAUUCUGGAGACCAGUCGGCUCUUGCGCUUCGUCUUCAACCCCUCAGACCUUGCUCUUGCAGUCUCGCCGUCGCUGUGUCUGGGCGAGGAGGAAGAAGUGGAAGGGAGGCCCUCGAACGUGGCGCCGGCUGACCUCUGGAGCUGGGCGCUCGUAGCUCCUCUGGAGAGAUGCAAGUCGUGGGUUGAUGCGGAGACUUUCCUCUGGCCGCUCCCUCUGAUGCGCUCCAAGUGGCUCGUCCGCCUCGGCCUGUGGGGUCUGCGUCUCCCUGCGGGGCCUGCGCAGGCCGCGGGCCCCGCAGAGACACGCGGAGACGGCGACCAGUCCGCCACAGCGCCGUCCAGUGCUGUCUCGUCCGUGUUAGACGUAAUUGAGGCGGCGCGAGCCGUCGGUUGCGAGGCGGCGAGCGCCGUCGCGGCGGCGCUGCGAGAAGGAGGAGACACGCCAAGCGAGCGCGAGCAGACAGCGCAGGAAGGCGCCUGCGUGGGCGACGGAGCAGAGAAAGGCACUGUGGACAGGAAGGACGCAGGCGCACCCUGCUUCUCCACUGCGCUUUUCAGCUCCGCCUUGUGCGACGCCGUCGACGCACUGAUGAUCUCCUGCGUUCAGGCCUUCGGCGCUGAGCCAAUGCUAGAGCCCCACGCGCAGGCAUCCGGCGAAGAAAACAAGAAAAAGGAGACUACACCGAGUAAGGGCAAGCGCCCUCAAGGCAGCGAGCCCCCUUCGCCUGCAUCCACGGGCGCCGGGGAGGCCGCGCCGGGCGACGAAGUCGUCAUGCUGUCUUCUCCGGGUAGCGAGUGCAAGGUGGAGGAAACCGAGGAGCUUGAGAGACGGACUGAGAUCGACGGAGGUGGUGCUCUUCGCAUUGGAGAGAAGGAUAUCAAAUUUGUCUCCUCUCGCGUGUCGCUCUCGCUCUUCUACGCGUCGUUGGGGGAUAUGGAGGAGCUCGUCGAGGCUGACGGAGACGUGCUGCCGCUUGCCAUGCCGCUUCACCAUCUGCACUCGCUGCGCCUUAAGAUUCUCGUUCUCUCGCGCGGGGCGCUGUGGCGUCUCGCCGCGCUCUUCCCGUGGCGCAGCGCCGAAAAGCCUCACGACAAGGGCGGCAAGAGAGAAAGCAAAGGGGCUGCGGGGUCAAGCCAAAAGGCUGAGGGCGAACAGCAAGACACCGACGCGCAGCAAGCGGACGCGAGCCCGCCGCUGACUCUCGCGUCGGUCGCCAAGAAGAGAGACGAGCUACUUCACCGUUGGCUGGCUGGCGAGCGCGAGGGCGAGGUCGUGAGUGAGUUCCAGCGCCUGAGGCGCGGCGCAUCAGGGCUGUGUUCGAACGGCGCAGAAGCGGCAGGCCCGCGAGAUGCGGAAGAGUUUGAGCUCAUCAAGCCGUUCCAGUGUCCUGCUGACGUCGUCGCCGACUGCAUCGAGGCGCUUCAGUACCUGGCUCUUAAGAGUCGUCAAGCGGGUCUGUGGACAUCUAUUCCUCGGCUGCAUUUGGUGAACGCGAGUCUGGCUUCUGGGCAGCCUACGCUGGCGCUGCGUCAUCUUCGCCAGCUCUUUUCGCGCGGCGCCACGAAGCUCCUGCCCCCCGACGCGUGGCUCAGCAAUCACUACCAGGCUCUGAAGCAGCGCAGACCGGCGUACGAGAAAUCAAAGUGCCGGCUGUUCCACGCCACUGCGGACACGGUCCGCCUGCUGACACACGCUGUUUUGCAGCGAACGGAGAAGACGAAGGAAGACCAACUCGCAGCCAUUCGGAACGAAGAAGCGGAGAAGAGCUACAACGACCAGCAAGCGAUGCAGAACCCAGCAUCGAAUGCGUCGGCUGAGCCUGGCAGCGUCACUUCCUCCGGCGAGGGCGAGAAGAAAGACGAGGAGAAGAAGAAGCUCGCGACCCCGCAGGAGGUUGCUGGAGAGGGGUGGAUUUUCGGAGGUCUCGAGAAAGUCGAGCACCUGGAUGAUUUAGUCCAGGGCGUGAAGUUCCUUGUUGAGCAGCUGGAUGUCCAGACGAAACUGCUUCGGCGACUGCAGAUGCACGAACUGGGGACCUACCUGCAACUCGCUUUCUUCCAAGACCCGUCUCCGCAGAACACCAAGCCGGGUACCCCGUUCUACACUCUGCAGGCGCAAGCUGCGCAGCUCUAUCAGUCUUCGAAUGCCGGGUUUUCCGCCGCGGAAGGACGAGCCGAGAAGGGGGCCGCGGGAGGGAGCGGCGGCGGGUCCGCUGGGGGAGACCGCGCGAGUGCGCAGAGCGCCGCAAACUUCUGGUUCCUCGUAGGCAACCUGGGUGGAGGCGCCGGAGGAUCAGGAUGGCAGAGCGGAGGGCUGCAGAGCACGAUUACAGACGAAGACGGCCAGCAGGCCAACAAGCGCAUGCAGCGGGAAGUCGUGAAGAUUCUGCUAAAGGGCGCGAUCGACGUGUAUGACAACCUCGUCACCUACUGCCCCGAUGUGCUGGACAUGAGAGAAAUGCAUCGAGCUAUCACACAGCUGUUCCCCGACGUGGGCGUCCCAGCUGUCGAACCCCAGAAUACGUACGUGGCCGCCACAGCGAGCUUGGAUGGUCGCCUUCUGCGGCUUCUGAGAGACGCGGUCACUUGUCUGCGGAAUGUUUCGCCGAGCCCCGUGUCUGACUUGCUCAAGCAGGUGAAGCAGCUCAUCCGACAAAAGGCAGCAGGGGGCAAGGCGGAGGGAACGGGCGCGAGGGGAGCGGAGGAGUCAACUGUCGGCGUUGGCGCGCCAGUCUCUCAGCCGGAUGGACCCGCGGGGGAAGCAGGGCUUGUUCGGGAAGACCAAGCCGAUACAGACCUCGAGCAGAUGACUGAGAAACUGGAGAACCUUUUUGUCUCCGCGUGCCGAAAGCUCCUGUACUACAACCCUCCGUCUCCAUCCCCUCCGGAGGAGUCCGCACCAACCUCCGCUGCAGGGGACGGUUCCCAGAUCCUCCAGCCUCCCGCGCCGCCUGCGGUUGCUGUGAUGCGUCUGAGUCUCGGGUUGCCAGUCCAGUGCGGCAUGGAGGUUCAGGAGAUUGUGCGAGUAAAGGAGGCGCUGCUCGCGUACGCGAAAGCGACGCGGGCGGGCGCGCCUUCCAUCGAGUUGUUCCUCAAGUCAGGUCGUGUCACAGCGGCGCCUGGCGGGAGAGGCGGCAAGGCGGCGGCGCAGGGUGGCGGAGACACUGGGAAGAAAGAGAGAGGACGCGGAGGACGUGGAGCUGGCGGGGGAGCAGCUCAAUCCCGCGUGGGCGGUGCGAGCGCAGGUGGUGGAAACGCAGACGCCAAUAAAGUUGAGGGCGCUGCCCCAAAGGGUGCAGAGACUCCCAUGAUGGCGUCCCAGAGCCAGAAGAGGGCAGCCGGCAGUAAGGAGGCGGGAGCGGAAGCAAAGGAGAAAGCUGGAGGAGAGAGAAAGAGGAGAAAGAAUGAAGACGCAGUGGCAACGGGAGCGCAGAACAAGACGCCGGCGAACGAACCAGAGAAUCUGCCCGCAGGCGGGGAAGGCCCUGAUGGCGGCGUCGGAGCAGCGAGCCCAGCGCCAGGGGUCGAAUGCAUCAUUGAACUUGACUAA